GCAAACUAGUGAACAGUAUGUGGUAUAAAUUACAGAAAACAGUGUAAACAGUGUAAACAGAAGUCUCAGCUGGGCAAAUAAUCUUUUGAUUUUAAUGAAGCUAUGCUGAUUGACAACAGUUGAGUAUCUAAAUUAAGCUUAUAUAGGCAAAAACAGACAUGCUCAAGCAGUGCUAAAUUAAGAGGGGUAAAGAGAAUGAAUAUGGGUUCAUCUUAAAUCAGCAGAGACAGAGAGAUCCAGGAGUAUUGUUACAAAUGAUUGGAGAUGCAGCAGAAAAAGCACUUACACCAAGAGUAGUUAGAUUGUAGCCUUCAUUCUCCAUUGCCUGCCACCUCAUAUAAUCAUUCCUGCCUGUGCAAAGUGGGCAUAAAAUGUUACCAAACUAGAAUUACAGUAUUUAGCUCCUAAUUUACCUAGAUGUAAAUGACUAUACAAGGUGCAAAGAUGUGGAAAAUCAGGCCUAAGUCCUCAUUAUCAGUGACAUCUCUGGGAGUAUGAGCAGACUGAAGAUAACACUUAAAUGCUGCUGAGCUGGUGUAAUGCAAGGAAGGAAACAUCAUGAAAUGGGAAUAUUAUCCUUUUUUUGUCAUUGUAGCUGUACUCAGCCUGUCCAGGUCCCACCAGUUACUGGGUCAGAUUAUUCCAGCUCUGGUGUUGUUUCCGACAGACUCUGAUGACCUAGAGAGGGGGAACGACAGCGGGACACCACUUCCCACCUCUGAUAAUGAUGACAAUUCGCUGGGCUACACAGGCUCCCGUCUCCGUCAAGAAGAUUUCCCACCUCGAAUUGUUGAGCACCCUUCUGAUCUAAUUGUUUCAAAAGGAGAACCAGCAACUUUGAACUGUAAGGCUGAAGGCAGGCCAACCCCAACUAUUGAGUGGUAUAAAGGGGGUGAAAGAGUUGAAACUGACAAAGAUGACCCUCGCUCCCAUCGGAUGUUGCUGCCCAGCGGAUCUUUAUUUUUCUUACGCAUAGUACAUGGACGCAAAAGUAGACCAGAUGAAGGAGUCUAUGUCUGUGUUGCAAGGAAUUACCUUGGUGAAGCUGUGAGUCAUAAUGCAUCGCUGGAGGUAGCAAUAUUACGAGAUGACUUCAGACAGAACCCUUCUGAUGUAAUGGUAGCUGUGGGUGAACCUGCUGUGAUGGAAUGCCAACCCCCAAGAGGCCAUCCAGAACCCACUAUUUCAUGGAAAAAAGAUGGGUCCCCACUGGAUGACAAAGAUGAACGAAUUACAAUCAGAGGAGGAAAGCUCAUGAUUACCUACACAAAAAAGAAUGAUGCUGGCAAGUAUGUCUGUGUUGGAACAAAUAUGGUGGGAGAACGAGAGAGUGAAGUGGCAGAGCUCACCGUUUUAGAAAGACCAUCUUUUGUGAAGAGACCCAGUAAUUUGGCCGUAACUGUGGAAGACAGUGCAGAGUUUAAAUGUGAGGCUCGGGGUGACCCUGUGCCUACAGUAAGAUGGCGAAAAGAUGAUGGGGAGUUACCAAAAGCAAGAUAUGAAAUCCGUGAUGAUCACACCCUGAAAAUCCGGAAAGUUAUGGCAGGAGACAUGGGGUCUUAUACUUGUGUUGCCGAAAAUAUGGUUGGAAAAGCUGAAGCAUCAGCAACUCUGACAGUUCAAGUUGUGUCUGAACCUCCUCAUUUUGUUGUGAAACCUCGUGACCAGGUGGCUGCAUUGGGACGGACAGUGACUUUCCAGUGCGAAGCAACUGGAAACCCUCAACCAGCCAUCUUUUGGCGGAGGGAGGGAAGUCAGAAUCUGCUUUUCUCAUACCAGCCGCCACAGUCAUCCAGCCGCUUUUCAGUCUCCCAGACUGGUGACCUCACAAUCACAAGCGUCCAGAGGUCUGACGUUGGGUACUAUAUCUGUCAGACUUUAAACGUUGCAGGAAGUAUCACAACAAAAGCGUACUUGGAAGUUACUGAUGUGAUUGCAGACCGGCCUCCCCCAGUCAUUCGACAGGGUCCUGUGAAUCAGACUGUAGCUGUGGAUGGUACGUUAGUACUCAGCUGUGUGGCCACAGGCAUUCUAGUGCCCACAAUCCUCUGGAGAAAGGAUGGGGUCCUCAUCUCUACCCAGGACUCUCGCAUCAAGCAGCUGGAGACAGGAGCUUUACAGAUCCGAUAUGCCAAGCUGGGUGACACUGGUCGGUACACCUGCAUUGCCUCAACUCCAAGUGGCGAAGCUACCUGGAGUGCUUAUAUUGAGGUCCAAGAGUUUGGAGUUCCAGUGCAACCACCAAGACCCACUGACCCAAACUUGAUUCCUAGUGCACCCUCAAAACCUGAAGUUACAGAUGUCAGCAGAAAUACAGUAACACUGUCAUGGCAACCUAAUUUGAAUUCAGGUGCAACUCCAACGUCUUAUAUAAUAGAGGCCUUCAGCCAUGCAUCUGGUAGCAGUUGGCAAACUGUAGCAGAAAAUGUGAAAACUGAAAGUUUUGCAGUUAAAGGGCUGAAACCUAAUGCAAUUUACCUCUUCCUUGUGAGGGCAGCUAAUGCAUAUGGACUUAGUGAUCCUAGCCAGAUAUCUGACCCAGUGAAAACUCAAGACACACCUGCUCUUCUGCCCCUCCUUGAUUGUUUCCUGGUUUCUGUGGUGUUUGGAGUGUGCUUUGGAGAUUCCCCAUCCCUGCAGGAAAGAGAGAGUUGCAUGAUGAGAGAUGUUCCACCUACAAGCCAGGGUGUGGAUCACAAACAGGUCCAGAGAGAGCUCGGGGAUGUGGUUCUGCAUCUUCACAACCCCACUAUCCUUUCUUCUUCCUCAAUUGAAGUUCAUUGGACAGUGGACCAGCAAUCCCAGUACAUUCAGGGAUAUAAAAUUCUCUAUAGGCCUGCCACUGCAUCCCACGGCGAAUCUGAAUGGUUAAUUUUUGAAGUGAGAACACCAACCAAAAAUAGUGUCGUCAUUCCAGAGCUGAAGAAAGGUGUAAACUAUGAAAUCAAGGCCCGCCCUUUUUUUAACGAGUUUCAAGGAGCAGAUAGCGAAGUGAAAUUUGCAAAAACCCUAGAAGAAGCUCCUAGUGCUCCACCUCAAAGUGUUUCAGUGACUAAGAAUGACGGAAAUGGGACUGCAAUUGUGGUUACCUGGCAGCCACCCCCUGAGGAUACCCAGAAUGGAAUGGUCCAAGAAUAUAAGGUUUGGUGCCUGGGCAAUGAAAGCAGAUACCACAUAAACAAGACAGUAGAUGGUUCCACCUUUUCUGUAGUCAUCCUUUCCUUAGUUCCUGGUAUUCGAUACAGUGUGGAAGUAGCAGCAAGUACUGGGGCAGGACCUGGAGUGAAAAGUGAGCCACAGUUUAUCCAGUUAGAUUCCCAUGGAAACCCUGUGUCACCAGAAGACCAAGUCAGCUUAGCCCAGCAGAUUUCAGAUGUUGUAAAGCAGCCAGCUUUCAUUGCUGGCAUUGGUGCAGCCUGUUGGAUUAUUCUUAUGGUCUUCAGCAUCUGGUUAUACCGCCACCGAAAGAAGCGAAAUGGACUCACUAGUACUUACGCUGGUAUCAGAAAAGUCCCGUCUUUUACCUUCACACCAACAGUAACCUAUCAGAGAGGAGGAGAAGCUGUAAGCAGUGGAGGCAGACCAGGACUUCUAAACAUCAGUGAACCUGCCCCUCAACCAUGGCUAGCAGAUACAUGGCCCAACACUGGUAACAAUCACAAUGACUGCUCCAUCAACUGCUGCACCUCAGCCAAUGGAAACAGUGAUAGCAACCUCACAACGUACAGUCGACCAGCUGAUUGUAUAGCAAAUUACAACAACCAGCUGGAAAGCAAGCAAACAAACCUGAUGCUGCCUGAGUCAACUGUUUAUGGUGAUGUGGACUUGAGCAACAAAAUCAAUGAGAUGAAAACCUUCAAUAGCCCAAAUCUAAAGGAUGGAAGAUUUGUCAACCAACCUGGGCAGCCCACUCCUUAUGCAACCACUCAGCUCAUCCAAUCAAGCAUCAGCAAUAAUGUUAACAGCAGCAGUGGGGAUACAAAUGAGAAACACUGGAAACCCUCUGUUCAGCAAAAACAAGAGGUUGCACCCAUACAGUACAACAUUAUGGAGCAAAACAAAUUAAACAAAGAUUACAGAGUAAAUGACAAUAAUGCUCCAACUAUUCCAUACAACCAGUCCUAUGACCAGAAUACAGGAGGGUCCUACAACAGUUCAGAUCGGGGCAGUAGUACAUCUGGGAGUCAAGGACACAAGAAGGGUGCCCGCACCCCUAAGGUACCCAAACAGGCUGGCAUGAACUGGGCAGAUCUACUUCCACCUCCCCCAGCACACCCUCCUCCCCACAGCAAUAGUGAAGAGUACAGUCUUUCUGUGGAUGAAAGUUAUGACCAAGAAAUUCCAUGUCCAGUGCCGCCUGCAAGGAUGUAUCUACAGCAGGAUGAGCUAGAGGAAGAAGAAGAUGAAGAGCGAGGUCCUACACCUCCAGUCCGAGGAGCAGCUUCCUCUCCCGCAGCUGUCUCCUACAGCCACCAGUCCACUGCCACUCUAACACCCUCACCCCAAGAAGAACUACAGCCCAUGUUACAGGAUUGUCAGGAAGAAAUAGGCCACAUGCAACACCAACCUGACCGGAGACGUCAGCCUGUGAGUCCUCCACCCCCUCCAAGGCCUAUUUCUCCACCACACACCUAUGGUUACAUUUCAGGACCCCUUGUCUCAGAUAUGGAUACUGAUGCACCAGAAGAGGAAGAGGAUGAGGCAGAAAUAGAGGUUGCCAAGAUGCAGAACAGAAGGCUCCUUUUGCGUGGCCUUGAGCAGACACCUGCCUCGAGUGUUGGGGAUUUGGAAAGCUCUGUAACAGGAUCCAUGAUUAAUGGCUGGGGCUCAGCCUCAGAAGAAGACAACAUCUCAAGUGGCCGGUCCAGUGUUAGCUCUUCUGAUGGAUCAUUUUUUACUGAUGCAGAUUUUGCACAGGCUGUUGCUGCAGCAGCAGAAUAUGCUGGUCUUAAAGUAGCAAGGCGUCAAGUGCAGGAUGCAGCAGGAGGCCGAAGACAUUUUCAUGCAUCACACUGCCCUAGACCCACCAGCCCUGUGUCUACUGACAGCAACAUGAGUGCUGUUGUAAUACAAAAGGUCCGACCUGCCAAAAAGCAAAAACACCAGCCAGGACAUCUGCGCAGAGAAGUCUACACAGAUGACCUGCCACCCCCUCCAGUGCCACCUCCUGCUAUUAAAUCUCCUACUGCCCAGUCCAAGUCACAGCUGGAGGUGCGACCUGUCAUGUUGCCAAAACUUGCCUCUAUAGAACCGAGAACAGACUGGUCCUCGGAAAGAAAAGGAGCAAGCUACAAAGGGAGGGAAGGGGCAGAUGGCAGACAGCAUUCUGAUGUGCGGACAAAUUCAGGAGAGCGCAGAGAAUUGCAGGAACAGCAAAAUGAUGGGAAACUGCGAGGAAUCAAAGCAGCAAAGCGAGAAGGCACACCAGCAAAAACUCAUCUUCUCCAAGAGGACAUCUUACCAUAUUGUAGGCCUACGUUUCCAACAUCAAAUAAUCCAAGAGAUCCCAGUUCCUCCAGCUCUAUGUCAUCAAGAGGAUCGGGAGGUAGACAAAGGGCAGAUCAAACCAAUAUAGGCCGAAGAAAUGCUGCAGAAAUGCAAAUACUGGGAGCAUAUGAACAAGGAGAAGAAGAAGAAGAAUUAGAGGAAACCGAAAGCUGAAGAGGACAAGAGAUGUACUGUAACAUGCUUUGAAAUCUAAUCAGAAAAAUAUCACUUAAGAUGCCUCGAGUCUGAUGAUGUUUGACGCCAGAAAUAAUGUUCAGUGCAAUCAGAGUGUACAAACUUUCAUUUUUAUUCAUGCCAUCAGAACGCUAGUCUUUAUUUUACUAUUUCUUUUUAACCCCUUUUCAUUAUGAACAGCCCCUGACUAUUGCAUAACGCUAAGUGUAUCACCUUCUUUCUGCCCAAAAGGCAGGUAAUCUGCUCUUCCUUGUGUGGAUGCCAACUGGCACUUCAGGAUUUGGACAGAAGAGGGUGCCAAAACCUGGGAUUCCUAGUUUUCACCCUGCAGGCGGCACCAAGCCAGUUGAUACAGCACCGAGCCAGUUGAUAAUCUUCCAUGUAAUAUAGCAUUGAUUAAAAAUACUAAGUUGCAUAAAGUGAAAUUUAUGCAAAGGGUUCUUCUAAUGUAGUGGCUUUACUCUAGCCUGCAGUUAGUGCAAAGGGUAACUUGCAUUUUCAAAAUAGACUGUUCCUUUUAUUUCCUGCCAGUUUCUCAAUUACCCUUUGCAGCAGCAAAAGAAUUACUUUGUAAAAUGCAACUAGAAGCAAUUUGGGGCGGGGUAGCUCAUAUUGUAAAUAUAUACUCAUUUUAAAGCCCCUGUGGUACUUUAAUUUGUCUUCCCCAUUUUCAUCAUUCAAGUACAUUCUUAUUGAAAAUGUCCUUUGGGAUAGGCAGGAGCCAAGCCAGUAGAAACUCUGGUGGUCUAGUCAUGGCAUGAAUAAGCCUAUUAGAAACUUGUUCUAAUUUUCAAUUUAAAUGAUGCAUAAAAAUAAGCAAGGAAAAUAAUGGACAUUUUUAAUAAUAAUUGGGUAAGGACAUCGUUAUUGCGACUGGCCCAAAUCUCAGACCUCUACUUGUAGUAUCAAUUCACCUUAAAGAAGUGCCAUUUAAGAUGUUUUGUUUGAUCUUGGGGUUUGUUUUGUUUUGUAAUGCACUGCUUUUUUUUUUUUUUGGUUUUAAAAGCACAAUCACUAAACUUUAUUUGUAAACCAUUGUAACUAUUAACCUUUUUUGUCUUAUUGAAAAAUGUUAAAAAGCAUUUGUUUGGGACUUGUUUUCAUCUUUUUGUUAAUGCUUUAUGUUUGUAUUUGGAAUAUUUGAAUGAUGACAGAUGGUAAAGUAACAUACUUACACGUGGGCCAUAAACAGAACAGUUCUCACUUUUCCUGGACUUGUGGAACAUUCUCAAGUUUACUGUGGCCUAUCUCAACAGUGGAUUUUCAUAAAAGCUGAAAUAGAGGCAUUAGUUGUGUUGAAUUUUGCCAAAUGAUGUCCUCUCUCUGUAGAUUUUAUUAUCUUUUCUGUAAUUAUAUGAUUUCUUUGUCAUUGGUGCUAAUGGAAAAUUGUGUGUUUGUUUAUGGACAGCUAUCAGGACUAGCCCCAAUGGAAGAAAAAAAGAGUGUUUUGGUGUUAACUGAGGACUGAAAUUUUUCAUUUAGUUAAUUUUUUAAAAAAUGGUUACAUAGAAAGGAUGUGCAGUACUAAGGGAACAAUCUAUGUGAUUGAUGUUUUCAUUAUGCUCAUGUAAGAAACCUCAUAUUUUAGCCAUAAUUUUGCAUACUGAGGAUCCAAUAAUCAGAAAAGUAAUUUUUGUCACAUUAUUUAUUAAAAAUGUUCUCAAAUACA